AUGUACAGUUCCGAUCAGGAGGAACAAGCUCGAGAGACUUCGAGAACAUGCAGUCCGAUAGACGAAGAAAUUCGACUUCCGAAACGUCCCCGAAAAGAUAUUGAGAAAAAAAGGCCCAUCACGCCUGGAUUAUCUGCUCAUUCGUAUGCUGAAGGGGAAUCAGAACCACAAAUCUCGGAAGGAGACGGAGACGACGGCCAACAUCCCCGGAUGAAGGUCGUUGGACCCAGCACAUAUCCCCAGUCUCCUACUGCCAAUGGAACCGAUGAUGGGCUGUGGAGUGCAUACAGGAAAUUAAGUCUGGAGUUCAGCUUUGCAAGAAUGAUGGACUAUUUGAAAACGUUCAAGUGCAAUGUGGAUGCCUCUAACUUGGUGUUUAAAGGAAUUCAGAGAUCUGUUGCCGUCCCCAGGAGUCGAAUCACCGGGAGCAACAAGAUCACUUCUGCAAUAACGGAAGUCACGCCUAUCCUUGAGGCGAAUCCGGAGUCGAGCAUGAGACAAACCUGUAGGAAAGGGAUUAGAGCAAGAGAAGACUCCGAUUAUAGAAUAAAGAAGAGGAAGGUAUCUGCUACUUCUUGGAGUCGAGCAAGUCUUGAAUCCUGUUAUCGCGGGAAUCAUGAGAUUAAUUUUUCUCUUCUCGAGCUGAGUGCUUCUGCUGCAAGGUCAUUCUCCACAGAUAAGAAAAACCUCCUGAAGGAAAAACUGACCGCAGAAGGUGAAGACAAAAGGUGCCAACUACCCAUCGUCGUGGCUUCCAGUCCAAGUUCAAAUUCCUUCAAUGUCGGGUAUCUGGAGAAAUAUGAAGAACUUCGAGAAACCAGGGAAAAUGAAUCUGAAAUCCACGCAGCUUAUGGUGAGAUCCUGAAAGAUUGCCAGUAUGGAGGAGGAAGAAGUUUUGCACAGGUUUUCGCAACAAGUGACGAGUCCUUGAAGUCGUUCAUGGGAAUGAGGAAGCCCGAGGAAGCAGAUGAAUGGACGAGUUUUGUGAAGCUGUGUAUAUCUCGCCAAGCCAUUCAGAGGGGAAAAGAUUAUCCAGAAACCGGAAAAGAAGAACUUCCUCUUCACUUGAAGCUGGUCACUCUUAUAGAUUUGAAGUUGGAGUCAGAGGAAGGUGGUGAUGAUUCGCAACGAUACAUGAAGGAAGACUCUUCGAACCUUGCCAUCCUCAUGCUGGCUGUCGUAAGCCCCUGCCGCGGCAUCGGGGAAUCGAAGCCGCACUGCCUCCCGGGUGAUCGAGGGAAAUAUUAUCUUCCCGUGAAGGCGCCUCUGAAAGACGAGUUGUAG